CUCGAACACCCAACGACCGCAACCUACUACUUCGAACGACUCAUCACACCCAUCAACAACCGCAAAUAUGGGAAAGGUUCACGGAUCCCUCGCUCGUGCCGGAAAGGUCAAGUCUCAAACCCCCAAGGUUGAGCCCCAGGAGAAGAAGAAGACCCCCAAGGGCCGCGCCAAGAAGAGGCUCACAUACACCCGCCGUUUCGUAAACGUCACCAUGACCGGUGGCAAGCGCAAGAUGAACCCCAACCCUACCUCAUAAGCCAACCAUGAGAGGACGGGCGAACGAAACGAGCACGAUGAGCUAGAGAACACGGUCAUGAAUUCGGUUUCCUCAGGAUGGCUAUGACUCUGGAUCAGAGGGAGUGGGAAUCACGGACGUCGCUACGGCACGUUCCUCAGCAGCAGCAUGAUCCUACACUUUGGGAUGAUGGGGGCAUAUUCAUGGCGUACAUGUACAUUCUGCUUUUUGCACAGCUGCAUCACGAAAUCUAGCUGCUUGUGUUCCCAACUUCGCCAUUUCUAACAACGUGCUAUGCAUUAUUUCGUAUUGUGUAUGAUGACCUUCCACACUCCACUGUGGAUCUCGGUGUCUUGGCUGUCACUCUUGACAGAACUUUUGACCCUUUCGCGCCAUGUUUUGGUCUUGCGGUUCUAUGCAGUUGCUUCUGUAAUGCUAUUGCUGUACUUAGAAAUG